AUUCCCCCAUCCCCCACCAUUUCAUUCACAAUAUCUUUUACUUUAAUUCCUUUUCCUCUUCUCUAGCUCUUUAGCUUGAACCUUUGUUUUUUUUUUCCCCUCUCAAUAAGUCUUAUUCUCUCCUUGUUUUUUCAAAUGGCUUUAAAGAAAGGAACAAAACAUUCUGGCAAUCAAACAGCUGCCCUCAAGCAAAUCAUCAAGAAAUGCUCUAGUUUUGGAAGGAACAACGAAAAUGGUUUCCCUAACGAUGUCCCAAAAGGCCAUUUCGUGGUAUAUGUCGGCCAAAAUCGGAGCCGGUUUAUCAUUCCGAUCACGUGGCUCGCGAACCCGGAUUUCCAGAGCUUGCUACAAAGAGCUGAGGAGGAGUUUGGAUACAACCAUGAGAUGGGAAUCACUAUUCCAUGUGAUGAGGAAGUGUUUUGCUCCCUUUUUUCCAUGAUCAGAUGACGUCAUGAUGAUGAUGAUCAUGAUGUAUGAGUGGCUACGUACGGAUUUUAUGAUGAUGACGGCGACGACGAUGAUAGUUUGGUUUCUAAAUUCAGAUAGGUAGAUAAUUAACAAUGGCGCAUAUGGCAUCUUGAUUAUCUGAUAAGAUAAUUUUUCUUCUUACUCACACCAGUUGAUUUGUAAAUUUCUGGGAACUUUUUUUGAGUUGGUGGUUCGAAGUCAAUGUAUAUUAGAAAAAUGUGCCUCAUAAGACAAAAGUUCCACUGGUUGUAACUAAUUACCUUCCUAAGAAUAUCUGUGAAGUCCAGUAAUAGUACUGAUAUCAAUCUUUGUGUUGGUUAAUGUUUGUCCAAAAAUGUUUCAUAUUCAUGAAAUUUUGUUAACU